AUGAGUUUGUCUAAACCUGAGGAUCAGUCAAGUUUAAGCGACGAUUUUCUUGAGGAAAAAAUAUUUGAUUGGGGUAAAUAUCGUGCUGCAAGAAAUGCAGAUGUGGUACCUGAAGAUUUUUUUCAUCAUAUUUGUAAAAGUGAACUGAAUGGAAUUGAAAUUGGAUCGGUGAUCGAGAUUGAAAAUGAAGAUCAAAAUGGAUACUGGUUUGCAAGUGUAUGUUCAUCUGAAGGCGCUAUAUUACAUUUGCGUUAUUAUGGUGAUGAAAAAAACAUCUUAGGGUUAACAGUAAACGUAAAAUCACCACGCAUUCAUUCUUUAAACUGGGGAAGUAAAAAUAAUAAAAAAUGUAUACCUCCUUAUCCAGAGAGAUUGUCAUAUAUCAAACCAGAAGUUAUUAAAGAAAGAGCUCAAGAUUGUGAGCAGAUUGUAUCAAAUGCUGUAUUACAAAUGGGAGGUGCUCCAAUUCAUAAUAUAUUCAAGUGUGGCAUGUUUGUAGAAGUUCAAGAUAAAGAAUACCCUUAUUGGGUUUGGAUAUCAAAAGUGCUUAAAAAUGUGGGAGGAAGAUUAUUUUUACAAAUGCAAGGAAUAAAGUGCUCUGAAAAGAAACCAUUUUGGUUAUUUUGUUUAAAUAAACGGAUUUUUCCAUUAGGAUGGGCAGAACAAAAAGGACUUCCAUGGAGAUUAAUGAAUUCAGAUGCUAGUUUAGAAAAUUCCAUCGAUUCUAGUGCAUUACUGGAUGUGUUAAAGUCUAAGACCCCAGAACACCACAGUUAUAAAGUUGGAGAAAUGUUGGAAGUAAUAGAUCCUUAUUCAAUGAUGGUAUUUUAUGUUGCUACAAUUGUUAAGAUUUAUGAUAAUCGUUAUUUUAAAGUUGAAGUGGAUAAUGACAUUGAUGUAGACAAACGUAUCAGUUUUGUGGCUACAAAAGACAAUCCUCAUUUAUUUCAUGCAGGUUGGGCAAGCAAACACAAAUUUUUGCUAAAAACUCCGACUGAUUGGAAUGAACCAUACGAAUUUUCAUGGUUGAAAUAUUUGAUAAAAAAGAAAGCAAAAUUGGCUACUGUACAUAAUUCAUGCGGAAAAAAUAUAAACAAUGUUCAUAUAGGUAUGAAAUUAGAAGCUGUUGAUCCUUUGAAUACUGAUUGUAUUCGUGUGGCUACAGUUAUAGGAUUUGCUGACCAUUGGAUGUUUUUGUCUUUUGAUCAAACGAGUUGUUGUCAAGAAUUACGACAUUUGCGUUCAAUUUGUUCAGAUGAAGUUUUUCCAGUUGGCUGGUGUAAUAAACACAAAUAUAAUUUGGGAGUCCCAAAACGCCCAUACAAUGUUUCUAAUGAUUUUGAACAUUGCUAUGAUUUAUCAGACAUUGAUAUUAAUUUAAGUCAAUCAGACGAAGAAAAUGUAACAAAAUAUCCUCAUUACUUAAAAGGAGAAAUCUUUUAUCACUAUAGCAAAAAAGACAAACCAAGUUUUGAUGAUGGUUUUAAAGAAAAAAAUGAAGAAGUUAUAACAACUGAAGAUUUUGAUGAUGAUUUACCUUUAACUUCACAAAUGGAAAUUAAAAAUGAAAGUGAUGAUGAUUUCCCUUUAACUUCAGAAAUAGAGAUUAAAAAUGAAAGUGAUGAUGAUUUCCCUUUAACUUCAGAAAUAAAGAUUAAAAAUGAAAGUGAUGAUGAUUUCCCUUUAACCUCAGAAAUAGAGAUUAAAAAUGAAAGUGAUGAUGAUUUCCCUUUAACUUCAGAAAUAAAGAUUAAAAAUGAAAGUGAUGAUGAUUUCCCUUUAACUUCAAAAAUAGAGAUUAAAAAUGAAAGUGAUGAUGAUUUCCGUUUAACUUCAGAAAUAGAGAUUAAAAAUGAUGGUGAUAAUUAUUUAGCUUUAACUUUAAAAAAAGAGAUUAAAAAUGAUAGUGAUGAGGGUAAUGUUGAAAAUGGUAACGAUUCAAUUUUGUAUGCCAAAUAUGACCCUGAAUUAGAUGAAGAAUUUCAUGAUGCAUUAUUUGUUGAUGAAGCAGUUGAUAUUAAAAAAAAAAAAAUGGAUACUGUACAAGUAAAAAUGAAUAGUGCAAAAGAGAUAAAUAGAAGAAAAAAAAAAUUUAUAAAUGAUGUUAAAAAAACAAUAAAAAAAGUGGAUAAAAUUUCUUUGAACAUUUUUACUAAAAAUAGCAUUAAAAUAUGUAUUUACUUUAACAAAGAUUGUUAUCAUGGUCGGUAUGCAGUAAAAAAGAAAAUAGCAAAUUUACCUAAGAGUAUUGGUCCUGGUCCAACUUCCUUGAUUUUACAGGAAGCAAUAACCAUAUUUGUUAAUUUAAAUUUGUUUCCAUGGAUUGCAUUGAAGAAAAUAAAAAAAAUUCAAAAAAUGUUAUUCAACGGACCUGGUGGUGUUGAAAUGCGGGUUAGCACUAAAGGGACAAGAACUCAUUAUAGUUGCACCGAAUCUCUUCUUCUUCCUGAAUCUAAGAAGAUGGCUGCAACAUAUUGUUCAGUUCUUUGUAAUCUAUUUGGAAUGUGUGAAUUAUUUAUGAAUACUAAAGACAAGAUGUGUCGUCAUGGUUGUAGAUUAAAUUAUGAAGAUAAAACACCACCGUCAAAACCUAAAAUGGAUACUGUGCCCAUGAGAAAAUCAAAAAUAAAAAGGUGUGAAUCUCAUGGUGAUAAAAUUGUAUGCCCUAAAGUAACAUUUUCUCAAAUUACUAGAGUUGCUGAAAAAGUAUUAGAUUGGUCAAAUAAACCUUUAGUGGCAAGGUAUAAGAAUUAUUUGGGGACUAUAGCUAGUUUAAAUGCACAUGUAACUCGAUUAAACCAGAGUCAUACUGAACUGGAAUCAUCACUUAUAGCUGAAAUUAUAUCCAAAAAAAAUAAUCUUAGGAGAUUGGAUAAUAUGAAAAUGUUCAGCAAUACUAAAUCCAAUGUUGAAACUAUUGAAGAAAAACAAUUUAUUGUUUUUGACGAUUGGAAAACAACUUUUGAAAACUAUUAUCGUCAAAAUUCAAGAUUUAAGAAAUCCAAUAUUGAUAUAGGACAAUUAGAUCAUAUUAAGAUCACAUCAAAUCCAAAAUAUUGGUCUUCUGAGGACGUUUAUAAAUAUUUGACAAAUGAUUUGUUUUGUAAAGAUAUUGGACUGAAAUUAUUUACAGAGGAAGUUGAUGGUGUAGCAUUUAUGCUAUUAAAUGAAGAACAACUUUUAGUGCGAUUACAAUGUUCAAUAAAUUUAACAAUAAGAAUCUUGUGUCAUAUAGCUGAAGUGAAAUAUGUUUUUUUAACAAAAUACUGUAAUAUACAAGUUGAUUAA